AUGUUGCUUCAGUGCUACAUAAACGAGAAUGGUGAUAAAGUCUACACCACCAAGAAAGAAUCGCCGCAUGGAUUGCCGACGCAGUCUGCUCAUCCUGCUCGCUUUUCUCCUGAUGACAAAUACGCUAGGCAAAGGUAUCUGCUGAAGAAGCGGUUCGGGUUGCUGCCCACACAGCAACCUCCUCAGAAGUACUGAGUUCUAAAUCUGCAGGUGGUUUCCUUAUUUGUCUAAACAUGAUGUGGUGAAGGUUUAUCUGAUCCACACUGGUUUUCCUCUUGCUAUCUGGAUUCGACAGUUGGCAAUUUGUAUCGUCGUUCAGAUGUACCUGUAGUUUUGGUACUGUAAUAGCUUUUCAGAAUGUGGUACAUGGUGUUAAAUGGUUUGGAUUCCCCUAUCAAGAUGGAUAGUUGGAGCUCUGACUCUGUUCAUGCUUAAAGCCAAUGAUAUUAUCUAUUGAUUUGAACUUCAAAUUCAGCAGGUUUGCAGCUUUGCGUGUUA